CUGUAUGGUUGAGGAUGUGAGUGCUGAGGAGUGUUGUUGUCAUGUGUCGAUACUUCAGGAUUCACAAGCGUUAUUAAAAUACAUAAAUAGCAUAUUCAAGAAAGUAUCUCUUUGUGUACUAUCUGCUCUUGUCGCUGCCUUAAUCGUUUCAAUGGAUUUUAUUCGACAAUUUGGGAUUGCUCUUGGGAUAGCAAUGCUUUCCUGUGUCAAGUCUCAGAUUGACCCACUGAUAUAUGACGAGCAGUUGCUAUGGGUCAGCGGUGGAGCCGGUCAGGUCAACACUUACAGGAUCCCUCUGCUAACCUUCACAGUACGUGGAAGUCUGCUGGUGUUCACUGAGGCCAGGAAAAUGUCUUCCAGUGACAUCGGGGCGAAGUUCAUCGCACUGAGACGCUCCACAGACAGAGGUGCCACCUGGUCUCCCACCUCAUUCAUUGUGAACGAUGGUUCACUAGCAGAUGGGCUGAGUCUUGGUUCUGUGGUUGUGGAUGAGGAAACUGGUGCUGUCAUCCUCAUCUAUGCUCUGUGUUUUCACCGUUACCAGUGCAACCCUUCCAGCACCAUGAUGGUGCAGAGCCUGGAUGACGGGUUUACCUGGAGCUCCCCGCAAAACUUGUCCAUUGAGCUGGGGGUGAAGAGCUUUGCACCAGGGCCUGGCUUUGGAAUACAGAAACGUUAUCCACCCAACAAGGGGCGUUUGGUGGUGUGUGGCCACGGUUCCAUUGCUGGUGAUGGGGUCUUCUGUAUCCUGAGUGAUGAUCAUGGUAAAUCCUGGAGAAAUGGAGCUGCUCUGAAGAGCAUCCCUUACAAUCAGCCUAAACAAGAACUGGACUUCAACCCAGAUGAGUGUCAGCCAGUGGAACUAGAGGACGGAAGCAUAGUCAUCAAUGUGCGCAACCAGAACAACUACCACUGCCGCUGUCGAAUAAUAGUGCGGAGUUUGGACGGAGGCGAGUCUCUGCCUGUGGAGGAGCUGGUAUUUGACAAAACGCUGAUUGACCCUGUCGUUGCAGCCGGUGCCCUGCAGAAACAGGGAGUGAUGUACUUCACCAACCCUUCCAACUCUCAGCACAGGGUCAAUCUAACUCUUCGCUGGUCUUUCACUGGUGGGAAGUCAUGGGAAAAGGAGGCAGUCCAGAUCUGGGCGGGGCCAAGCGGUUAUUCGACUAUGACGUCAUUUAAGGGAGAUUCUCCUGAGGACAACAAAUACAUCUUUGUUGUUUAUGAAAAGGGCCAUAAAGAUUACUUUGAGACCAUCUCUUUUGCCAAAAUUCAUCUAUAUGGAGGAAAAUAGUAUACAGGAAAAGAAAGAAAAGGGAUAUUUAGGGACUUUUAAAAAGGACUUUUUUGAGCCUAAUGCACAAUAAUUUUUACAUUUCUCUACAUCACAUUUGGGAUUCUGGCUGAUUCUGGCAGAUUCACUGUGUUGAUAUGAAUUCCACUCCAGAAAGAAUCAUCCUGCUUCAUUUUAUUAUGAUGAUACAUACAUUACAAUGAUUUUAAAGAUUUGUUUUAAAUGGCGUUUACAAUAAUGUGACUGGAGUGACUCUUAUGAAGCUACAGCAAUCUUAAAAUGGUUGUUUUCUGUUCAACAGUGAUCGAUUUCCAAGUCUUGAAAUAAUGUUUUAAAGGUACACUGUGUAACUUUUUUUGAUCAAAAUUCAUAUGCAAACUGUGUUUUUGUCUCAUCCUGUAUCACUGCAGUACUCCUACAAUAAGGGAUUCAAUUCUGAGCUUUUUAGACCAGGCGACACAACAACAGUAAAAUAGCCCAGUACCUGCGUGACUCAUCAUACACAUAAACAGAGAGAAGUAGCUCUGGCUACAAUGUUGUUCAACAAGAUGCAUGGAGUUUUGUUUAUUAACCUGCUAGAGUGCCAAAUGUUACAUAGUGUACCUUUAAAUACUGAAAUGUGAUUUGAUCUUAAUUACAAAAUCAAACUGUUUCUCCAGUCCCUGGUUUUGCUUACAUUUAUACGGGUUUGAGACUGAUAUAGCCUAGAAACCUCUAGGCAAGUGUGCUUUUUCUCCACAUAAACAGCUGUGAAGUCAGAAAACCCAUUUUGUAUUUAACUAUGUAAUUGAUUUUCUUGCGGUUAUAUGGUUUUGUUUACCUAGUCUGGCCCUCUUGUGGCCCCAGAUAAUGUAUUUUUAAAUGACAGCCAUUUAUUUGGGUAACAUCCUAAUGUAAGCGAGUAUUACACGUUGAAAGUCACCCAAAAGGCUUUUGCUGUUUUACAUUUUGAUAUUAACACAUUUGACUUUUCCACUUGAUUUACUGGAUUGCACAGGGACAUCUUUCAUUGUUCAAUAAAUUUUCUAUUUUGAUACAGCAA